GGCCGGCAAUGAGCUUCAACUGAAUGUCUGUCUAUAAAUUGUAGAAAUCAUCAUCUGAAAUAUAAUAAACAAAUAUAUUUACAAAUAAAUCAUGGCUGGAUUACAGCAAUAUGUGGGUUGCUGGCAGGAAGUGUCCAAAGAGGGAUUUGAGGAAAUGGCUGACGCUUUAGGUUUACCGGCUGAUAAGAAACAGAUGUACCAUGACGCGAGGACAACUAUAUCCUAUGCUGUAAAUGGGGAUACAGUGACCAUUAAUGUGGGUCUUGUUGGGGCACCUGCUGGAAGACAAUUUACCUUUAAGUUAGGGGAACCUUACGACUCUGCAGACUUAGACGGUUCUCCAAUGAAGAGUCUUGUCAAAUUAGAAGGUGAUAAACUCAUAGAGAAACAUACAAAUGAGAAUUUACAUGGAGCAGAAAUGAACAUCAAACGAUGGUUAGAGAACGAUACCAUGAUGGUGCAAACCACCUGUAAUGGAUUGUCGAUGUUAUCCAAGUACAACAAAGUUGCUUGACCAAAUUCAAAUAUGUUCACAUCUCUAGGAGAAAGUGAAAACUGACCAAGCACAAAUAUCGCAUGUCAUGAUAGGACAAUUUUCCGAGCGAGUCCGUUUGUAUUAGCUGUUGUGUUUUGUGCAACAUUGAAUGUCCAUUGCUUUAUACAAGGAUGUCGACAAGGCAUCCCUUAUAAUCUAGGUUCAGUCUCUGCUUAAAGCACAUUGCAUUCAUUGUCCGUGUAAUUCUUUUGAAAUAAAAUGGUAUAUAAUACCGUUUAAA